AUGGUGCGCAAGCUGGGCGGCGAGGACGACGCCUUUGUAAGCUACCGCACGCCACACUACAAGCUGCACUAUUAUGAGACGGCGAGCAAUCUGCGGUUGGUCAUGCUGACCGACCCGGCAACGCUGAGCAUGCGGAAUGUUUUGCACCAGAUAUAUAUCAACCUGUGGGUGGAGUAUGUCGUCAAGAACCCACUUUCUCCGGUUGAACACAAAGGCGGGAAAGGAGUCAAGAAUGAGCUGUUCGAAAUGGGGUUGGAUCAAUUCGUAAGGGGUUUGAUGUGA